AGGUGUGAGCCACCGCGCCCGGCCAUACCAGCAUUUCUGUAACCCCCACUGUAAGUUAUUCACCCACCAAGGAGGUCUAAUUUGUGGCAUUUCUGAUUUCUUACAUUGUGUCAUCUAACAUAGUUUUGCCUAUUUUUCAGUUUGCAUUCAUUUGAAUCUGGUAAAUGCUCAUCCACCGCCUUCAUUAGGAUUCUGUCAGGAUGAUUACUAGAAUUUAUUGCUGUAUGUACUGCAUAUGGCUUAGAAUAUAUGUCUGAGGAGAAAUGACUCACAAGGAUGUGUGGAUAGCAGUACAAUUAUUGUUUUUUUAAAAAGACUGUGCAAUGUGCAAUGGCCCAUCCUUCAUUGAGCCUUAGGGCUUCUGUAAAGUCCUGCUCCUUUUGUUUUUUAGCUUGCCUUCUGUCUUGGGAUUGAGACAACAAGGAUAUUCUAGUCUCAAAGCACAGGAAAACAAAAUCACUGGCUUUAAAUGGAAUAGGAAUCAUAUGAGAUUUUAUUUGAGAAUUAUUUUUUAAAAAAUUUUGAGAAUUCCUAAUUGAACACCAUCCAUCUGCAUAUUGGAUUAAACAGUUACUCUAAAUGUACCAAGAUUGCAUUCUCACAUAAAUGGCACAUGGCUAUGCUCUCUCUGCUGGGCAGUGGACUCAGACCCUCAAUGAGCUUUCAUGUUCCGUGAAAUGUGAAGGGCAGCACCAAAUCGAUAACAUGGUUGUGAAUCUCCUGUUCACUGGCCUAGGUUUGCAAGGAAAUGAUUUUAGUUGUUGCUGUAAAGGAGACAGGAGAAAGAGAACGUGGAUUGAGUCAGGGGCAUCACAGGAGUCCUCUGCUGAGGAAGAAAUCCUAGGGGCUGGACAGUAGCAAUAAGCCUGACAAACAAGACAACAUAGAAAUUACUGGUGGGACCACUGAAAAUGCAGGACAUGUUAUAACCCUAAACCAUGUUAUAACACUAAAGUUUGGAGGGAAGCCCUUCCCCCUCUAGCCACCAACAUGCUUCUGAUUCUCCCAAAUAGAAUCUGAUUUGUGUUGAAGUCAUCUUCUGCCUGAUAUGUGGAGAACGAACUGAAGUAGAGAAAAAACUGAUGUAGGAUACAAGGCAGAAGGCAUUGUGUAGUUCAGGAAUGUUGGCAGAUUGGCCCAAGGGCAUGAAAUUGGAGGUGUUGAGAAGAAGAUGACCUGAGACAUAUUAGGAGGCAGAGGUAACAGGAUAUGUGGGUGGUUGGGAUGAUACGGUGAGGCUCAGGCAAUAACAUUUCACCUAUCAAACCCUCUGUAUUUGUGGGCCAGCAGGACUUUUCCUGUUUUGAUUCUUGAUGGGCAUCCGAGGAACCCACGUUUAGGGAAUAAAUGAAGCUGAAGGUUCAUGUUUCUGUGGCGAAGAAAAGGCAAGACACAUUCUUGUCCUCAUGUCAGCUGCCUGGGACAUUGAAUUUUUCAUAGCCUUGUUUGUCUAACAUAGAAAGGGCUCUGAACCUACCCAGAUAGAUGACCUAGGGUAGGAAGCCACGUUGGGCAGUAGUUAGUCAUGGCUCCUUGGACUCCAUUCCCAACUAUGCCACUUAACAGCCACAGCUGAAAACAAAUUAUAGACACAUGAAGCCUCAGUUUCCUCAUAUUAAUCUAGGUGACAAAUCCACCUUACAGGGCAAAAGUGCAUAGUGUUUAUAAAAGGUCUGAUACAAUGUCUAGGAUAUGGACAUUAUUAAAUGUAAAUUAUUGUUAUCCUUAUCCCACCCCUGUAUGACUAACCAGAAGAUGUUGAUGAUGUGCAGUUCCCUGAUGACAUCUCAGCCCAGUUGGGUGAGUCAAGGGCCUGGUAACCUUCAAGUGUAGGUCUUGGUUUCUCUAAAGCAGAUUCUGGAUGUUCCUAACUACAACAUGAUUCUUUUCUUACUGACAGAGUAGGGAGUCUGGGAAUGUUAGUCGUGCUUUCUAUCAUAAUUCAAAUUCUGUGGAAAUUCACUUAAGAAAAGAGAAUACCUCGUGAAGCGUGUUUUGGCCCAUCAAAAAUUACUAACUGCUUAUUUGAGUAUUUAUUGCAUAGUCAUUUAGGUUUUGCAAAAGUUGUCAAAAUCAAAAUGAGUAACUUGUGUAAAAUAAAUAAAUAAAUAAAUAAAUAAAACCAGGAGGCUGAGAAAAGAGGGCACUCAAACACACACACUUAAGAUAAGAGCUAUUACCAAGUCUCUGAGGGCUGUUAAUGCACAUAUUCCCGUUAAAAGAACUUUUGACAAGAACUUCUCAAACCGCAGCUUGCUACAGGAGUUACAAGGACAGCUCUAGAUGUAGUAGAACACUUGCCUGACAAAUUUCUCCACUAAUGAACUGGUGUUAACCUCUGCCAUAAACAUCUGUGACCAAUGUUCUUUUUAUCUCAAAACAAAUUAUGUGUACUUUUCCCUUUUGCCUUUGAAAGCUUCUCCUUGUUUCAAGCUCUCUGGAUAUGCCUGAUAUGGCUAUAGUCCCUAUAGCCUGCAUGUCCUGGAUUUGCAAAUUCCCUGUGCAUUCCUGAAUGAACUCAACAUCUUUGAAGAAUCUCUGUUAUUUAGGUUGACAGUUUAAAUAUGUCCUACAUUGUGCUUUUCUUUGCCUCACUUGUUCCACUUAUUUUACUAUUAUUUUACCUUUCUAUUGAUUAUUUAUAUUCCAAACUUUUCCUCUUCUAGUUUGAAAAGUAUAUACACUGACUCUAUUUAUUAUAUUUAAGCUAAAAAUUACAAACGUUUAACACAUUAGCGUGCCAUACAGGAUUGUAAAUACAUUUACUUUCCACUUGGAAAUAUAAAAGAUUUAAAACUUUGAGCAACUAGCCUCCUUUCAAUUUAUAUGUAGUUGAGGUUACGCACGGGAAUUCCAUCAUUCUAACUCAAUAAGUAGAUCUACUUAUGUUUUACACCAUAAUAAGCUGUUAUUUUAAUCAAAAGAUGCACUUCUUUUCAUCUUCAUUUCUUCUCUCAUUGCAGACUUUUCACCUGGGAUCAACUUUCUUUGGCCUUGAGUAUUAUUUUAAACACUAUUUUCUGUGUAAAUGUAUUUCCAUUAUGUUUAUCAUUUUUGGUUUCAAAUAGUUUUACAUCACACUUCCAUAAAAGACAUUUUGUUGUGUAUAGAAAUCUAGUUUGGUGGUUAUUUCUUCUUUACAGAAAGUGUUCAUGUUGCCCUUUUCAUUGCCAUAUGACAUUUGAUGAAUUCUGUCUUUUCAGAUACUUGUAAAACACUUAAAAUAUUGAAUACAUCUCUGUAUAUGGAGUAUGAAAUACUAUCUUGAACAAGAGUAUUACUUGUUGGGUUUGACACAAUCACUGCUGUAUAAGCAGGAGAAAUAUUUUCUGAGGUAACCAGAGACAGAAGCAUUAUUCACUUACUUCAAGGCCACCAAACAUCCCCACUCCAUGUUCCACGUCCUGGUGGUGUCUGGAGUCUUUCUUGUGCCUGACAGAAAAUGCUGAGGCUCGCCAAACUAACUCUGGAGCAUCAGGCUACACGCAUUUGAAAACAAUAUUUGUCAACUUCCAGCUAUAGAAAUCUGAGUGACGUUAGCGUAUGGUGUGUCCAUUUUAUUUUUUGAUGAGCAUUCUCUGCAUAAGGAAGCCUGAAAUCAUGUCUCUAAACAUUCCUUUGAUGUCACACACGACGUUCACCAGAAAUACAGAUGUGGCUCCUUCAAGAGGAAGCAAAGCUCCGUCUGGGCCUUGGAAACGAGGGACACCAUUUCCAGGUGCCCCUGGCGAUCUUUUCUGGGCUUUUGACCUGGAGGUGACGCGAGACGCCGCUUACGAGCGUUGGUGCCGUGGGAACUACAUUACCCAGAAAACUUGGCGGCUCUGGGCCAAUGAAAGCCCAGGAAAUAGGCGUUUCCGUUGGUGAGGAAAACGUCAGGGGGGGACUUCCUCUACCAUUCCUCUGGUGGACAUUUUGUUUGCUUUUCCAUUAAUCCACUGGUUUAGUCUCCAGAAUGCAAUGUCAGACCUGAGGUGACAGAAAAGGGAAAACGUGAGAGAGUGUCUUCUUCCCUGAAGAGAGGUGGGCCUGAGGCUCGACAGUGACUCUGCCCGAGUGACCUAGCCGCUGGGCUGGGCCCUGGACGGCUGAUCCCAGGUUCCUGCACUUGUCGCCACCCUUCCGUCGUCCACAGGCCCGAUGGCGGCGGCUGAACCGAUGGGCCCGGCACAGGUUCCCAUGAACUCAGAAGUAAUUGUGGACCCUAUACAGGGGCAGGUGAACUUUGAGGACGUGUUCGUGUACUUCUCCCAGGAGGAGUGGGUGCUCCUUGAUGAGGCUCAGAGGCUCCUGUACCGUGAUGUGAUGCUGGAGAACUUUGCACUUAUGGCCUCUCUGGGUUGUUGGCAUGGAAUGGAGGAUGAAGAGAUACCUUUUGAGCAGAGCUUUUCUAUAGGAAUGUCACAGAUCAGGAUUCCCAAGGGAGGUCCUUCUACUCAGAAGGCUUACCCCUGUGGGACAUGUGGCCUGGUCUUAAAAGACAUUUUGCACUUGGCUGAGCACCAGGAAACACACCCAGGGCAGAAACCAUACAUGUGUGUGCUGUGUGGGAAACAGUUCUGGUUCAGUGCAAACCUUCACCAGCACCAGAAGCAGCACAGUGGAGAGAAACCCUUUAGAAGGGAUAAGAACAGGGCCUUUCUUGUGAACAACUGUGCUGUGCAAUCAUCGGAGAUGUCUUUUGUGACAGGGGAGGCUUGUAAGGACUUCCUAGCCAGCUCAAGCAUUUUCCAGCACCAUGUCCCUCACAAUGAGUGGAAGCCACACAGCAACAACAAGUGUGAGGAGGCCUCUCACUGUGGAAAAAGGCAUUACAAAUGCAGCGAAUGUGGGAAAACCUUUGGCCGCAAAGACUCACUUGUUCAACACCAGAGAGUCCACACUGGAGAAAGGCCUUAUGAGUGUGGUGAAUGUGGGAAAACCUUUAGCCGCAAACCCAUACUUGCUCAGCACCAGAGAAUCCACACUGGAGAAAUGCCUUAUGAGUGUGGCAUAUGUGGGAAAGUUUUUAAUCAUAGCUCUAAUCUUAUUGUACAUCAAAGAGUACACACUGGAGCAAGGCCUUACAAGUGCAGUGAAUGUGGGAAAGCCUAUAGCCACAAAUCUACACUUGUUCAGCAUGAGAGUAUCCAUACUGGAGAAAGGCCAUAUGAGUGCAGUGAAUGUGGAAAAUACUUUGGUCACAAAUACAGACUCAUUAAACAUUGGAGUGUUCAUACUGGAGCAAGGCCUUAUGAGUGCAUCGCAUGUGGGAAGUUCUUUAGCCAAAGCUCUGACCUUAUUGCACAUCAAAGAGUUCAUAAUGGUGAAAAGCCUUAUGUGUGCAGUGAAUGUGGAAAAGCCUUUAGCCACAAACAUGUACUUGUUCAGCAUCAUAGAAUUCACACUGGAGAAAGGCCAUAUAAGUGCAGUGAAUGUGGGAAGGCCUUCAGGCAGAGGGCUUCCCUCAUCCGCCACUGGAAAAUUCACACUGGAGAAAGGCCUUAGGAUGGGAGAUAGAUAAUUCCGUUUCCUUGUUCAACAUAAUAACUGACACCAGAGAGAAGCUCCAAGUGUAGCCUUUAUGUGUAGCUGACAGCCAGAAGUAGAACUUUAUACACUCACUCACUCACCCUGGGGAGGUUCUUCUGAGUGCCAGCUGUAUGGGAAGCCUUCUGGAGCUAUGCUGAAUUUUCUAGACUCUUGCUGGAAUUUCGUCAAGGCAGUGCCUCUGUUAGAAGCCAUCUGUCUUUGUGCUGGAAGAGUCCUGCAUUGUGCAAAAGUAAUCCCAAUGUGUUUCAAAAGACAGACCUCUGUACUUCUCCCUUCCCUGGAGGGAAUCAUCAGUAGCCUGAGGCCAUCAAGGAUUCUCACUUUUUUUCUGCCCCACAACUGGUUUAAGCAUGAGAAUUACCCAGUUUUAGCCAGAAAGAUGGGAACUUUGUUCUGCUGACCACUGGCAGAGGUUUCCCUUCAUGGAUAUAGUUGAUCUCACAUGGCACUUGUGAUGAAUUUUUGUAGCCUCCAAGACACGUAACCUGAAAUUGGCUGCCUUAUAUUCUGGUUUUGCAACAAAUGCCUUAAUUUUUAGACUAUCUUAAAUCUUGGGGAUUCUGUUCACUUUGUGGGUUGGGUUGAGUACAGAAUUGGGCUAAGCCAGUAUGAAGGGAUGAACAGCUUUUGUGAGAGCUCCAACUAUCUGUAUCUCUGAAGUGAUAGGAUGGCAAAGACUAGCUCUUAUUCUAGUGUCAAGCUAACUUACUUGACUGCUUAAGCUCUCCUAGGAAAGAAUGCCAGUCUUUGUAGCCCUAAUCUUUUGGUCUAUAUGUUAAGAUUUUUUUGUGUAAUUGAGGUCACCCUAAGCAUUGGGCAUUUGUUGUGAUAAUCUCUAGUGUGUCUGGGAGUAACAUGAAUUAGGUCCCUUGUUCCCAGAAGAUACUUCAUAUUCCCAAGGCUUCUUGAGGAGAAUUUGAACUCAUGGGACAUGUCAAGAUCUCUGAAGUCUAUUUUUCAGUAGGCAGUUAACACUGGCUGUCCUCCAGAAGGCCCAGGUAGGAAUCAUAGUUGGUGCAGAGACCCAGAUUAAUAAAGGAAUGAGAAAACUGCAGCAAACUAUAGGGAAUAUGACCCUUCUAAAGGUGCAUCCACAUGUGUUUCCAUAACUCUGGCUCCAUUAUGAGGGUUUACAGAAAUAUUUCCAUACCUGUGUCUCUUAUGGCUAAGGUUACUGUCCAGAAGUCAGUCUAAACAUUUUUGCAAUAAACUGCACAUAUUUAUAGUGUACCAUUUGAUAAGUUUUGAUACAUGUUGGCACUUCUCAAACCAAAAGUUUCCUGAUUCCUUUUAUAUUUUCUCCCUUUCCUUCACCCAUCCCCAGGCAACUAUUGGUCUGUUGUCACUGUAGAUUUGUUUGUAUUUCCUAGAAUUCUACAGAGAUACAGUAAUUUAAUAUGUAUUCUAAUGUUUUUGGCUUCUUAAACUCUGAAAUUAUGGCUCAUGGUGUGUUCUGUGUUUCAUAGUUUAUUUCUUUUCGUUUGUACUUUGCUAAGAAUAUUCCAUUGUAGAGAAAUAGUUCUAAAGCAAGUGAUCCAGGAGAGAACUCACACAAGAACAAAGCCACAGUAUCUGUCAUUACCUUAAACUGAAAGUGAUGAGCCAUUAUUUCUGCUAUAUUUCAUAAGUAACCCUAGCUAAUCCUGGUUAAAAGUGGAAGAGAACUACACAAAGUUGAAAAUAGGGAUUUGUGGGGCAUUUUCUUGGACUCUGGUGACCAUAAUCCUAUGUGGUUUUUUUCUUUUUCUGUUUUAGUUGUUUAAUGUGAAUUACAUUGACUGAUUUUUUUAAAUAUUAAGCCAACCUUGCAUUUCUGGAAUAAUUCCCAUUUGGUCAUGAUGUAUUAGGCAUUUAGUAUAUUGUUGAAUUUGAUUUGCUAUUUUGUUUUGUUUUUGUUUUUUUGUAACAAGUUUUGCACCAAUGUUCAUGAGUGAUAUUUGUCUCUAAUUUUCUUUCUGGCUUGCUUACUUCUUUUUCUUUCUAAUUUUAUAUCUUGCCCAGGUUUAGCUUUGGUAUCAGCAUAAUGCCAGCUUUAUAGAGUAAGUUGGGAAGUAUUCCUGCUCUUCAACUCUCUGGAAGAGUUUGUGAAUAAUUGGUAUUAUUUCUUCCUUAAAUGUUUGGUAGAAUUCACCAAGAAAACUGUCUGGGCCUGGAGUUUGUUUUGUAGGAAAGUUUCUAACUAUAAGUUUGAUUUCUGUGGUAGAUAGAGGGCUGUACAAGUUAUAUGUACAUCUGUCUAUGUGUGCGUCUGUUGUCUGUCUGUCUCUCUGGGCCUGAAGUGUGUUUUGUAGGACAGCAUCUAACUACAAGUUUGAUUUCUAUGGUAGAUGGAGGGCUAUACUAGUUAUAUAUACAUCUGUCUGUCUGUCCAUCUGUUUGUCACUCCAUCCAUCCAUCAAUCUCUAGAGUGAGCUUUGAUGAUUUGUGUCUUUCAAGGAGUUUUUCUGUUUCAUUUAAGUACUCAAAUUUUUCAAAAUAUUAUUUUCAUACUUGUAGAAUUUGUAGUGGUGCAACCUCCUCUAUUCCUGAUACUGGUAAUGUCUAUAUUUCUCUUUUAACCUUGAUUGGUUUAGGUAGAGAUUUAUCAAUUUUACAAUUUUAUUGAUCUUAAAGUACUUGGUAUUAUUGAAUUUUCUGUUUUCUGAUAUUUUGGGAUUUUUUUUUUUCCAUUUUGACUUUUACUAAUGCCUUCCACUUUUAUUGGAUUUCAUUUCUUUUGCUACUUUUUAACAUGGAAGCUGAGGUCCUUCAUUUCAAACCUUUGGGUUUUUUCCCCUAAUAUGGAGGGAAAAUGUUAAUGUUAAAAAUCUGUCUGAGAACUGCUUUAAUUACCUCCCAUCAAGCUUUAUGUGGUUUCAUAUUUUUUUUUUUUUUUUUUGAGACAGUGUCUCGCUCUGUCAUCCAGGUUGGAGUGCAGUGGCGUGAUCUUGGCUCACUGCAAGCUCCUCCUCCUGGGUUCAUGCCAUUCUCCUGCCUCAGCCUCCCAAGUAGCUGGGACUACAGGCGCCCACCACCACGCCCGGCUAAUUUUUUGUAUUUUCAGUAGAGACGAGGUUUCACCGUGUUAGCCAGGAUGGUCUCGAUCUCUUGACCUCGUGAUCUGCCUGCCUCAGCCUCCCAAAGUGCUGGGAUUACAGGCGUGAGCCACUGUGCCCGGCCGAUGUGGUUUCAUUUUAGUUGAGUUUAGGAUGUUUUCCAGUUAAAAAAAUUCUUCUUGACACAUGGCUCUUUUUAAAUGUAUGUUAUUUAAUUUCUAAAUAUUUGGUGAUUUUGCUGAUCUUUCUGGUAAUUUCUGCAAUAAUUCCAUUGUGGUCAGAGUACAUUAAGACUUGAAUUAUUUACAUUUAUUGAGAUUUGCUUUGUGGCCCAGAAUAUGGGCUAUCUUGGUAUGAGUUACAUGUUCACUUGAAAUGUAUACUCUACUCUCAUUUGAUGAAGGGGUUCUACAAGUGUUGAUAAGGUAAAAAUGGUUGAUAAUGUUAAUUAAGUUUUUUCUAUCUUUAUUGACAUUCUGUGGUUUUGUUUUGGUUCUAGCAAUUAUUUUAAGGGGAUUGUUGACAUUUCUGAAUAUUAAAUUGGAUUUACUUCUCUUCAGUUCUGUCAGCUUUUGCUUCACAUAUUUUGAUAUCUUUUUAUUAGGUGAAUAAUAAAUAUUUCCUAUUUUAUGUCCA